CUGGACCUUUCUUUGCAUAGAAGCAGCCGCCAAAGUUUGAUGUUUUAAGCAGCCGAAGCAGCCACAAAGAACACCACCAGCCUUGCUCCUCGGUUCUUCCUCGUCAUCCCAUCGCUUCUUCAGCAGCGUUCUUCGCGUCGCGUCGCUGCUUCGUCGCCGUCGCGCCGUCGUAGGUGAAGCUCAUCGAGAGCCGGGGGCAUGUGGUCUUGGACGUGGGCAAGUCGGUCUUGGAGAUCAAGAAAGGCAUGGACUUCAAAGCCAAGAAGCCCACCGAGGCGCCUGUGGCACAGUUCACGGAUGAGUCGCUGGCCACCACGGCCUUGGCCGAUGCCUCCGAACUGGUGAGUAUGCUCAAGGGUGCGCGGAUCACGGUGGAAAGCCACGUGAAGCCUGCCGGCAAGGGCGCCGAUGCCUUCUGGGAGCAGAUGGCCGAGAACCGCGCCACGUUGAUCCGAGACCACCUGGCGGCCAAGAUGGGCGACGAAACUGGAGACAUCGUCGCCAAGGGCUUGCAAGGCCCCAAGAGCAACAACAACGUGGUCGUGAAGCUGGACCUCACGCCACCCGAGAAGUGAACGUCGCGGCAGGAGGCGAACGUCGCGGCUACUGGGCUACUGUCGAAGUGUCCGAAACUGGCCGUGCUCUCGGGCCGACUUCAGUUGAAGUCAAAUAGGUGGGGUAGAUGGAAGUGAAC